AUGUUGCCUCCACUAAGUAAAGAGGGCAUCAUCCACAUGAGGGAGUCGCAGCUCCUCUCUUGGAUUGCUGACCCUUUCACCAAAUAUGAGCAUCCUCAUGGGCAUCAUGGUGAGGGAGCGGAUUACGCACUAACCCCCAAGCAUCCCGAGGAGGCUCAUGCAGUAGAGUCCGCAAUUGAGACUCUUGAGGAGCACAUUGAGGUUGAAGAAGCUACUCCGAUUGAGCUGUUCUAUGAUCUCUUCUUCGUGGCCAAUUUGACUACUGUCACUGGUGUUCAGUAUAUCACUGAAUGGAGGAACUUGUCAUCUUACAUUCUGUUUUUCAUCAUUCUCUGGUUUACCUGGUUGCAUGUUACUCUUCUGGAUGUCCGCUUCUCUGUUGAUUCGGUCUAUGAGCGCGUCUGCAAAGCCAUGCAUUUCGCUGUCAUGGCUGCAUUCUCUUCUGUCUCGACUGAUUGGGAUCCUUUUAGUCCUGAUGACAUCGACAGUGUGAGAGCACUGAAGACGAUGACACUGACACUCAUGUUUUCGAGAAUCGUCAUUGGGAUUCAGUAUAUCGUGAUCAUGGUCUAUGGGCGUUCUAGGAGGAAGGCAGUAGUACCAACUGGGAUCCAUGCGAUUGUGAUGUUCAUUUCGGCUGGGGUAUACUUGGGAAUGUUUUGGGGCUUUAAGGAGGCCACGAAGAAGAAGUCGUACCUGGGCUGGUAUGCGAUGGCCAUUUUCGAGAUUGGUGCAGUUAUCGUAACAUCGAGCAUUUGGAAGUCCGUGAGCUUUAAGAAAACACAUUUGGUAGAGCGCAUGGGACUGUUGACACUCAUUAUUCUUGGAGAGGGUAUUAUUGUCAUGCUGAAAGCUAUCAAUGCCGUCGUUAAAGGGUUUGGAUGGACAAAGUCGACCUUUGGAGUCGUCGCUGCUGCGCUUUGUAUCAUCUAUCUUUUCUGGAUGUUCUAUUUCGACUACACUCCUCGCGAUAUUCACUAUGGUACCAUCAGGCAACAGAUUUGGGCCAUGCUGCACUUCCCCUUCCAUCUUUCCAUUGUUCUCGUCGUCGAAGGUCUGCGUCAGCUUACGACCAUGCAAUCCUUUAACCUGCUCGCAAGUGACAUCGGUGCCACCGUAACUUUACUCGAACCCUUGACUUCCGAAGGUCUUGCCGAAUAUUUCCGCGAUAUCUUCGAAAUAAUUUACGAAGACGGCACUUCGAAGUCGGUCCUGAAGGGCUACUCAAAGAUCCUGUCCACAAUUGACGCCAUGGAAGCAGCACCAAAUCCCUCUGUCGAGUACGAGUCAUACCUCCAUACUAUCCUCUUUGACGCGUACACUGGCCUUGGCGAGUACUACGGAAUCAAGGCACCGGCAAAGACCGAUAGCACCCAACAACUGAUCGCAAUGUUGAAGGUCUUCGACCUUGUGUUCCAGUACUUCUUCAUUGCCCUGGGUUUUGUGUUCCUCCUGUACGCAGUGUUUGCAAUCAUUGUCAGGAGACAUAUGGAUGUCUUUGAUUACGUUUCCAUUGGUCUGAGGUUCGCGGCGAGCUUGACAUUCUUUUCGAUGUUGGGCUUGUAUUUCCGCCCCAUCAAGCCUGAUAGCUAUAUCAACUACAUGUGGGGUGGACCGUGGCCAAUUCCCACAGUUUGCUUCAUCAUGAUCUUCGUCCUGAUUGUCGACAAAACCAUGGCUUACUUCGCCCUCCAGCGUAUCCGCAGCCGCACCAAGGCGUAG